GACAUUUCCGACAGCAGGGAAGGCAGCAUAUCGAACCAUAGCACUAGCUGUUACGGUUUGUUACUUUACAUACAAGAAACACCGUCGGAGUCGUUGAAAGAAAACUCUUUCAUUAUGUCAUCCCAGGGUCCAGAAGGUUCUGGCGCAGCGUCAGGCAACAAGCGUCUGCAGCAGACGCAGGCCCAGGUUAAUGAGGUUGUGGACAUAAUGCGUGUCAACGUGGACAAAGUGCUGGAACGUGAUCAGAAAUUGUCUGAACUGGAUGACAGAGCAGAUGCACUGCAGGCUGGAGCGUCACAGUUUGAGACCAGUGCCGCCAAGCUGAAAAGGAAGUACUGGUGGAAGAACUGUAAGAUGUGGGCCAUCCUGAUAGCAGUUAUAGUGAUCAUCAUCAUCAUCAUUAUUGUCUGGAGUUGUUCGACUUAAGGAUGAUAACAGGAGUGGGACAACGUGCAUUCUUCAUGUCUCAGAGGAAGAAAUCCCAUGAAUUGUGUCUGCUGACCUCUGUAUUAAUCACCUCUUUGGGGGUCUUCAUUCCUUGUCCGGGGUUGCAUUCAUGAUUGACUGUGUGUGUGUUUUGCACAUGUGCUUGGGUUGCAAUUCACAGUUUGAUCCUGUGUUAAUAAAACAUGUUAGCCAUCAAAAACUCACAUUAAAUUGCAAUGCCAGAUACCAAAGAAAUACACGCAUUGAUUAGCUGAUAUGAUAAAACGAUUCAAUAAGAUCUACCAUGUGACAUAGCACACACACUUUCACUCAUUACCAACUGAAGACUAGACGUGAAGAAUAUUGUAAACUCUCCUCAACUUAUAUUAACGUUGUUUUUUAUUAGAAGCCGCUGAUGCUGAGUAACAGGACAAGAAUCUGCUUUUGAGGAUGUUCUGAGUUAGGUUGUUAGAUAUAUGCCCUUUUCCUGAAUUUCUAACACACGUAGUUGAUUCUUUUCUCCCUUUUUUAUUUAACAUUUGCCUUUAUUUUUUUGCAUUUAAGCUUAGCUCUGCUUUGUGAAUGCUACAGUUGAUUAAUGCUUGUGGGGGAUUCAGUGAUUCAUUUUUACACACGGUUUGAUGCUAACUUUGUUCUUGGUAGAGCACGACAGGAACAGUAUUGAAUUUUGUGGAAUUUUUCAUAAAUAUUAAGUUAACUAGGAAGAUUAAGUUAAACCAUAUUGUCACAACUUUUCUCUUUCAUCAUCUACUUGGGUAGCUCUCCCUGUGCUGUAAAGCACAGGUAGUUAGCUUAUGUUUAUAUAAGUGCCUACAUGCCAAAACCAGACAGCCUCACAGCCUGAAAAAGGCCAGAUUUUGCCUUAAACUAAAACAAAAUGCUAAAAAGAGGGGAAUUACCUAUUUAAUUCUCUGUAGUACAUGUUUAAAAAAAAAAAAGAUACAUUUUCUUUUAAAAGUGUUUAAAAAACGGCACAAGAACCCCAGUAAAGGUGGUUUUUGGCAUGAUAGCUUUCUCCAAUGGAGAACAAGCAAAAAUACAGCCAUACUUUGACCAUGUGUACCGGCCAGGGAAAUUGUGCCUUCGGUGUUUCAGUUGUCUAAACAAAUAUUGUGCUACUUCUAUCAAUAAGCUCAACGUUACCUUUAAUAAAGAUUUCUCUAAAGUCACACUGGCAUUUCUUCCAUCUGACUGCUAUAAAAUCAUUUUUGUGAAUAAUAUUUCAGUUUUAAUGUAUUUUCUAUGGAGCGUGUUAAAAAAAGAACCCGUUCCUGCUGCCAACUUUAGUACUCUGGGUUUCUAUAUUAUUGUUGGAGAAAAGUUAGACCUUGACAUUGUACAUCAACACUGGAUUUAAGAAAAAACACAAAUGUCAAUGUUGAUAAUAUUCAGCCUUUUGAGACAUUUAGCAUUCAUUUGCUUUUUGUCCUCAUACAAAAAUGAGAACUAACAGAUUUGGACUCAAUUUUUUUUUCUUGCCUUGGUUUAUUGAUUUAGGUUUACUGAUUUACACAGCCUUUAAGAAUAUUCGUCUAUGAAUGAAAUGCUUUUAAAUACAAUACUCAAAUGAUAUACAUGACUCUUCCUCUUUUAUACACUGAUAUUUGAGACUCUUUGAUCCUUGAUCAUGCUUACUGGGACUGUGUUUUGAACAAAGUGCAAUUAUGCUCUGUGGCUCUAAUUGCCUGUUGCUUGAAUGAAACAUUAAAUGUCAUGCUGACAAAUUGGUGGAAAUGGAGAUGAUCUGUGUUUCUUUUUUUAUUGUUGGUCUCCUGGCAGACGUAUAGUUUGGUACACUGACACGCCAUGGAACUUUUAGUAAACAAUCCAUUAAUCUGACAAAUGAAACUGCCAUGUGACAAACAUAUCCCUUG